AUGGUGUUUUAUGAUGAUGAUAUGGAUUAUGAAGAGGAGGAACCUUGCAGUGAGACAAGCAUUCUUGGUGCAAAUAAUGAAGAUUACACUGUUGGGUUGAAUAUUCAUGUUAGGGAGCCAACACCUGAAGAUUCUACUGCCAUGAUUUUACUUGGAUCAAAGGCAACUUCUGUCAAGAAGGAUGAGGAUCAAAAGAGUGGUGCAAGUGUUGAAUCUCUUGGUGAUGAAUUGACAGAGAAAUUAUUGGCCAGAUUGCCACAAAUUCAAAAAUCAACAUCAGAAGAAGGUGACUUUUUCAUGAGAGAAAAAACCCUCAAACCUCCAAGAAGUGCUGAUGUUAAUGAAAUUCCAUUCCCACCAGAAGAGAAAUUGGAAAAACCAGAACAAGUGAGAAAGGAAGAAGAAGCAUUGUUGGGAUCAAGUUUGGCAGUGGUGAGAUAUUUGCCAGAAGGUCCAGUUGAUCGAUCAGUGCCACAUAUUUCCAUCACAUUCUCUCAGCCAAUGGUUGCUGUGUCUGGUGUUGAAGAUGUUCAUGAUCAAGAUUUUUCUUUUGUAAAAAUUGAACCAUUCCCAAAGAAUGGUGGUAGAUUUAGAUGGAUGGGUGCAAAGACUUUAUUCUUUGAACCAAAUUAUAGAUUUGACAUGUCUACGGAAUACACAGUCACUAUUGAUUGUGAAAAAACCAAGUCUAGUGUUGGAGGAGUAUUGGAUAAGAAUGUUUCCUUUAAAUUUGAAACACCUAGAUUGACAAUGCUCAACUAUCUUCCAAAUAGUUACCAUGCAGUUCCAAUUAACGAAUUUCCAUUUGUUUAUAUGGAGUUUGAUCAAGAUAUUGAUCCAAACCAAAUCUUUUCUAGUGUAAAUAUACCUGGAUACUCUUGCAAGCUGGUUCAAAAUGAUGGCCGUACUUCAGUUGUAAAGAGUUAUAUUGAAGGAAAGCUUAAAGAAUCUUCAUUGGAAAAGAGAUCAUCCUCAUUGUACAAUUCUGUAAAUUACAAAUUGGAAAAUUCUGCUCCAAAUAGACAUGUUUGGAUUGAAAUUGAUGUAGCAAGUAGGAGAGUAGCCCUGUCAGAAACCCUCGCUAUAACAUUAUUGCAAGGAGCCAGAUCUAUUGAAGGUCCUUUGAGAACAGAAAAAGAUAUUUCCUUCACAGCUACAAACUAUCCAGAAUUCAAAGUUACUUCCCAUACUGGUGGAAAGCUUCCAUUGGAACCAUUCUCUUUCACAUUUAGUAAUAAUAUUGAUAUUGAAUUAUUAAAUGAGGAACAUAUAAGUAUUCAACCACCUAUUGAAAGAUUACGUAUUAAUCCAUCUGGAAAUUACUUGACAAUAUCUGGUAAUAUUAAGGGACGUACCACAUACCAAGUUCAACUCUCUGGUCAAAUAACAGAUGUUUGGGGACAAAAACUUGCAGGAGAAAAUAACUUUACUUUCCAAGUUGGACCAGCAGCUCAAUCUUUACAAGCCUACAAGACCGGAAUGAUGGUUAUUGAUCCUACUGUCAAUACUAAACCAUCCUUCUCCGUAUUCAGUGUAAAUCUUGAAGCUAUCCAUGUCCAAGUUUAUCAAGUUAAACCAGGUGAUUAUUCAAACAAUGUUUUCUACUAUGAUGCUUAUUCCAAUGCAACAUUAUCUCUUUCUGGAAAAAAAGUUCUUGACACUAUGGUAAAUACCAAUGGUCAACCAGAUGAACCAGUUGAUACAGAAAUUGACUUGACCCAAUACUUACAACAUCCAAAUGACAUGUUAGGUCAACUUUUGGUUGCAGUUGAACCAUCCAAAACACAUUGGAAAGAUAAUUGGAAAUACAGACCAGUUUACAUUUCCUGGAUUCAGGUGACAAAGAUGGCAAUGGAUGGCUUUUUCGAUACACGAACAGGUAAUGUUUACUGUUGGGCCAAUUCUUUAAUUGAUGGAACUGUCAUCAAAUCUGAUGUUAGUUUCAAACAAAAGAAAUUCCUUCCAUCAUUUAGCACAAAACCAGACUCUGAAACAGGAAUUGCUGUUCUUAGUCACACCUCAAACGGAAGUGAAUAUACACUGAUUGGAUCUUAUUUGAAUGAUACCUGCUUUAUUCCAGAUUUAUACCUUUAUCACUACAGAAUUGAUGAUAGAUUAGCAUAUAAUAUUUUCAACGAUAGAGGACUCUAUAAACCUGGAGAAGAGAUUUUCAUCAAGGGUAUUUGUAGAGAACUCAAGGUUGAAAAGUACGGAUCAAGAACUAUUCCAACUCUACCAAAAAAGGGAACUUAUGAAUACAUUGUUAAAGAUUCUAGAGGUGCAAAAUAUCACACUGGAAAAUACACCAUCUCAGAACAUGGUUCCUUUGAUAUUAAGUUUUCAAUUCCAGACAAUGUUAACUUGGGCUCUCAUUCCAUUGAGUUCAACGGUAGGACAAUGCAUACAAACUUUAAUGUACAAGAGUUCCGUACUCCAGAAUUUACAGUCUCAACAUCUGUCCCACCAUGCAGAUAUAUUGUUAAUAACUUAACAAUUCUCAAGACCCAAGCAGCAUACUACUCAGGUGGAGGUCUCUCUGGUUCAAAGUGUUCCUAUGUUAUCAAACAAUCAAAGACAAGUUAUACCCCACCAAACUUUUCUGGUUUCAACUUCUCCACUUACAUCUCAAAUCCAUUUUAUCGUUAUUGGUGUUAUGAUACUUAUGGAAGUGAAAAUUACAAACCAGUUACAUUUGAAGGUGUUUGUAAUUCUGAUGGUGAACAUGAAAUUGCAAUCCUCUUCGAUGAAACCGAAAGACAAGAGAAAUCUCCAAUGAACAUUACUGUUGAAACAUCGGUUCAAGAUAUUAAUCGUCAAACUAUUAAUGAUUCCACUACAUUUACUGUUCACCCUUGCAAAUAUUAUUGUGGAAUGAAGAUUGAAAAGAUGUUUGUUAAACCAAAUGUUCAAACCAAUUUAUUCAUGGUUACCACUGAUCUUGAAGGUAAUACUAUUCCUGGUAUUGAUAUGGAACUGGUUGCUACAACAACCGUUGAAAAGAAGAAGGGGUUCAGUGUUGUUCAUGAAUCUGUUGAAGUUUUCAAGAAGGUAUUCAAGUCUGAAUCUGAACCAGUCAAAUAUCCUAUUAGUUUCGAUAAGGGUGGUAACUACAAGUUCACAUUGAGAAUUAAGGAUACAGAAACCGGUUUAACUAACUCUUCAAAUAACUCCCUAUACGUAACUGGUGGUAAAUCAAAGAAGGAUGUUGUUGGUUCAAGACUUUCAAAGCAACAAGCCCUCUUGGUUGCAGACAAAGGAAUGUAUGAAAUUGGAGAAGAAGCCAAAAUUUUGAUUCAAUCUCCAUUCGACGGUAAGGCUAAUGGUGUUGUUACUGUUUGCCUCAAUUCUGUAAUCGAUAAUAUUCCAAUCACCAUUGAUCCAGAAGUUGGAUCAACUGAAUUCACUCUCAAAAUUACCAAAGAACACAUUCCAAAUGUAACAGUUAGUGUAAUGCUCCAAGGUAGUGAAUCAAGAAGUGAUUCUCUUGGAUUACCUCUCGACCUCCCAAAACAACCUGCGUACGCAAAUGGAACUUGUUAUAUUGGUGUCUCAUCCAAAGUGCAUCAACUCGAUGUAUUGGUCACUCCAGAGAAGCAAUUUGUUACUCCAGGUGUUGAGACCUUUGUUGAUGUUUUGGUAACUGACAAGGAAAACUCUAAACCACAAGCUGGAAGUGAGGUUUGUCUCGUUGCUGUUGAUGAAGCUGUUCUUUCAUUGACUGGCUAUAGAAUAUCUAAUCCUUUGAGCACAUUCAUAGUUGGUACUGGCCAAAGCUUCUCAGAGUUCUCAUUGAGAGACCACGUAUUUGUCAAGAGUUUUGAUAAUAUCAACAUUCAAUCUCCUCCUGAAGAUAGUUCUGAUGAGGAAGAAUGUGAUGAUGAUGAAUGUGAAUGUUGCAAGUGUGAAGGAUGUUUAUGUCGUUCCUGUUGUUGUUAUGAUGAUUGUGAUUGCCAAGAAGAAGUGCAAGAAAGGAAAAGUUGUAAGAAAUCCAAAAAGAGAUGUGAGGAAAAAGAGUGCGAAGAAUGUAAUGACGAUGCUGGUGGAUGUGAAGGAGGUGAGGAAGUUGGAUCUGCCAUUGUUGUCAGAAAGAAUUUCAAUCCAGUUGCUGUCUUUAGUCCAGUAUGUGUAACAGAUGCUCAAGGCAAGGCCAGAGUGCCAUUCAAAUUACCUGACAAUUUGACGAGAUACAGAAUUACAGCUGUUUCUACCAAACUAGAUAGUUUGUACGGCUUGGGAGAAUCUUCAAUUGUUGCACAAUUGCCACUAGCAAUUAGACCUUCCCUUCCAAGAUUUUUGAACUUUGGUGAUAAGGCAGAAUUUGCUUGUGUUUUACAAAAUCAAACCCUUAUUGAUUUGAAUGUUCAUAUUGCUGUUGCCUAUGAUGGACUCGAAUUGUUGGAUCCAUCCAAGAGAGGUUUGAAUGUUAAAAUCCCUGCUCUUAAGAGAGCUGAAUUGAGAUUCCCAAUGCAAGCAACCAAGGUUGGUAUUUCUAAAUUCCAAGUUGCUGUUUCUGUUUCCGAAUUGAUCAACUUUUCUGAUGCUGUUGAAAAGGAACUCAGAGUAUUCACACCAGCAACCACAGAAGCAUUUGCUCAUUAUGGUGAAUUGGAUGGUGAUUGCACUACAUUCCAACCAGUUAAGGCUCCAGAAAAUAUCUAUCCUCAAUUUGGUGGCUUACAAAUCACUACCAGUAGUACAGCAUUGUCUGCCUUGACUGAUGCCUUCCUUUAUGUUUACAACUAUUCCUUUGAAUGUUGUGAACAAUUGUCAAGUAAGAUUUUAUCAAUUGUUGCUCUCAAGGAUGUACUUCAAGCAUUCAAGGUCAAGGAUAUUCCAAGCUCAAUUAUGCUUAACUCUACUGUACAAUUAUCGUUGGGUAUUUUGAAUGGAAGACAAUUUCCAAAUGGUGGAUUCGGAUGGUGGACUUACAGAAGUGAUUAUUCAGUCAGUCCUUACCUUUCUUGCCACGUAGGUCAUGCCUUUGCUAGAGCCAAGAUUGCAGGUUAUUCUCUCAAUAAUAAUGUUGUUUCCAAACUCACUAAUUUCCUCUGUGAUAUUGAGAAUUAUAUUCGUGAUACAUAUUACUCUCCUUCAUCAAAAUAUGCCAUUAGAUCAUAUGCUUAUUAUGUUGCCGCCCUAUUGGGAGAUUCAAGAGCCAAACAAAAAGCUGACCAAUUAUAUUCAGAAUGUGGAUUGAAGGAUACUUGUCUUGAAACUUUGUCUUGGACUGCUUCAGCAAUGUUCUUUGCCAAUGGAAAGGAAGCCACAACAAAAUCGACUGAAAUUGUGAAUUAUAUUUUAAUGAGAGUCAAUGAAACUGCUCAAACAGCCAACUUUGUUACAAGCUAUGGAGAUGAGCAAAGCAGCAAGCUUAUCAUGUUGCACAGUGAUAGAAGAACUGAUGGAAUUUGUUUGGAAAUGCUCAUUCAUAUGGUACCACAAAAUAAUCUCAUUCCAAAGGUUGUCAAGGGACUUUUAGCUCAUAAGAAGAAGGGAAGAUGGGGCAAUACUCAAGAAAAUGUUUUCAUCCUUCUUGCUCUCAACAGUUAUUUCCAUGUCUUUGAAGGUGUCACUCCUGAUUUCACUGCCAAGAUGUGGCUUGGAGAAGAUUAUUGUGGAGAACAAGUUUUCAAGGGAAGAAAUAAGGAUGAAAAUGUUCUUACUAUUCCAAUGAGACAACUUACUACCACUGAAGGUGCACAAACAUUGGCCAUCUUGAAGGAAGGUCCUGGUAGAUUGUACUAUAGAAUUGGAAUGGACUAUGCUCCUAAGAAUUUAUUAUUACCAGCUCUUGAUUAUGGAUUCCAAAUUGAGAGAAGCUAUGAGGGUGUUACUGAUCCAUCUCAUGCUCAAUUUGAUAAGGCAAGAAACUGUUGGAAAUUUAAAGCUGGUGAAUUGGUUAGAGUUAUCAUUACAUUCACUAAUACCAGUAGACGUUAUCAUGUUGCUUUGGUUGACUUUUUACCUGCUGGUUUGGAACCAAUUAAUCCUGAAUUGAAAGGUAACGCUCCUUCAGGUGAAGUUAAGAAAUCUAGAUGUUGGUGGAACUAUCCAUGGUAUGAACAUGUCAAUAGUAGAGAUGAACGUGUUGAAGCAUUCUCCAGUUUGCUCUGGGAAGGAACUCACACUUUCAAACAUUUGUGUCGUGCCACUCAAAUCGGAUCCUUCAUUAUUCCACCAACCAAAUGUGAAGAAAUGUACUCACCAGAAAUAUUUGGUCGUUCCAACACUAUCUUUGCUGAGGUUUACGAAUAAACUUUUUAUCACAGCACUUU